CCGUGACUGAGUUAAAGUGAAGCUUCUGUUGCCCGUAGAAUCUUUGAUCAUGGGGAGUGGAAAGCAUUUGCUGCUCAUUGCAGUGUUGCCACUCCUGGUAAGAUGUCAAAACCCAAAAGUUUCGAUGGUACCUGCAUUUAAAAUGGCCUUCAUUGGGGAUACAGUUUACUUAAAAUGUGAUCCAAGUGCAAACCCAGUGACAUGGCACAAAGAUAAUGGUGAGCGAAUCGUCGGAGAAGACACUUUGAAAGUGGAAAUUAAAAACUCAAACGACGGAGGCUCUUAUUGGUGCGAGACCAGUGGGACAAUGAGUGACCCUCUUUCAGUCAAUGUCACGGAAUCUGGUCUCAGCGCUUCACUCACCAUUGAGACAGGCCAUCAGAACAUGUGGAAGGGAGGUGCAGUUAUGCUGAAGCUUGAAAAUAAGGAUGGUCUGCAAGGGUGGAGGUGCUGGGUGUACAGGGGUGGAAAAAAGCCAAUAAUGGUUUCACUGAAAUUGGAGGGUGUCAGUAACAGUAUGGUGUUUGCAACUGCUGACCUCAAUGUCGAUGAGACUAUUUACUGGUGUACCGAUAGGAAUCGAAUUCACAGAAGUAACCAAGUAAUUCUCACCACCUUUAUGCAUGGGAGCUUCCAAAACCUGAGGAGUGGAGGUUGGGGGAUGGUGUUGGUGGGGAUAUUGUUGGUUGCUGGGGGGUGUUGGUGGUGGUAAUUUUACGACGUAGGAGAAGAAGUGAGGGAGGUGAGUAGCUUUCUUUUGUUUCUUUGAAUUGUUUACUGUUUUUUAGGUAUAGUAGCAGUCACUGUAUUCAUACCACACUGCAUGUCGUACUUUUCUCAUGGCGGAUUUAUGAGGAUGUGGCGCUGAGAUCAAAAGAGGAGCGAGGUGAUGACAAGUAUGAAACUCUGGAGAAGGCAUCUGGGAGGGAGCGCGAGUACGACACCCUUGCAGGAGCAUCAGGCGGAGAGCCGAAAGGUGGCGAAUAUGAACCACUGAAGAUAAUUAAAAGUCUCAUAGCUCUGUUGACUGUGAGAUUGCAUGUAAAUUUCCAAAGACCAGCAGGCCAAUAGUUUCUGGUGAUGUCUGUGUGUUUGUGACAAGCUCAAGAGAUUGAGUUGUGUUGUUGAGUUGUGUUGUUGAGUUGUGUUGUUUUAUGUGUCGACUGGUGGAAAAAUAAAGUGCUUCACAUUCUCUUAGGUCUGUUGCUCACUCUGCCCAAGAAUUCCUGUAUUUACUUUGGAAGUCCAGAAUCCUGCAGCUCAGCGUUGCUCACCAACUCAUACAGUUGACUUGUACCAAACUGAUCCCAUUAUGGGGUAGAUUUAAUUUAAUUCACUCCAAAAUAAACAAAUAAAUAAAUAAAAUCCCCAUAAAUUGUAAGAUGUAAAUUGUAAAUAUAAAGCAAAAGCCUCGGGUUUAUUUUUCGGUCUGCACAUCUUUGCUAUUAUUCCAGGAAUUUCAAACAGAAGCCAGUAGUUUUCACCUCUGCCAAAAGGGACUUAACUUUACCUCAGAAUGACUCGCAUCAUCAGUCCAGUUAUGAUUAUUAAUCACAGAAUUUAGACCUGAAGGCUCUUGUUGCGACAUUAUAGCUUUCCUUGCUUUAUAACUUUACCUGUGACUCAUAAUGAAAUGAAGAGCUUCUCUAUAGCAGUGCUCAAGUCACAGAUUUGAAAUCUUCAUUGACUUUUUUUUAAAGCUGCUUUUGGCAUUUUGACUGUUUUUGCUUUUGCUUUUUACAGCUUGUCUCUUAACCUUUAUACUGCACUUUGUCAUUAACGGUACUAACUACCAGACAAAUACAGCAUCCUAUAUGUUUAGUUGUCUUCAAAGAGACACUUGGGUGCAUCUGCUGUAAAACAAACAUGACAGCAACAGAAACAGGAGGAACUUUUUUAAAUUUGAUAUUUUCUACAAAGAAGAAUAAUGUGACACUGUACUUUUCACAUGACAAAAAAACUACAUUUUUGUGCUAAACCCACUUAAUUUUGUGCUGUACUAUAAUUUAAACUACGUUUAAAGAAUUGUCUUAUCUAGGGAAGUGUGCUCAGUUACUUAUGUGAUUCUUCUGUGAACAAAAUCUGUAAAAAAAAAAACUGAAUUCUGUACAAACAAAAUAUGAAAUAUGAAAAGGCCUUUAUGAAAAGAAGAACUAACCAACUAAAUAAAUAAAUAAAUAAAUAAAAUACUGCA